UUAAUAAUUAAGCCUCUGUGCACGAAAAAUGUUUUCAUGUGUGUUCAACGAAUGGAAGCGAAAGAAUGAAAACGUAGGGGUAACGUAUGACUAAGAAUUAAUAAAUAAAAUUCAAGUUUCGACGAGUGAGAGAAAAUGAAAAAGUAAAAACGUAAAACUAUAACUGAAUACAACAAUGAGACAUUGAUGCGCAAUCGACUAAUUUAAUCAGACGCCAUCUCGUGCUACAUAAAGGUAUCACUUAAAAUCAGUAGUUUUCCAGUUCUGAUUCGGCAUUCGCUUAAAACGCAAUCAAGUACACCAAGAAUUGUGACGGAUUACGAUCCAUUACGAUAGUCAGAAAUAGGCAAGAGGAGCAAAGAGGACACGUAAAAGAUGGCGGAAGCCGUUGUAGACGGGACUCCAAUGUCCCGAUUUUUUUGUCACAAAUGCAGUAUCGAAAUUGAACGUUUAUUACCAGAUUACACGUGUCCAAGAUGCGCGAGUGGCUUUAUAGAAGAAUUAGAAAGCGAUAACAAUGACAUGGUUAUUCCUGGUACUGGAAUACAUAUUAGUACUGACUCAGAUGAUAGUAGAUUAUUGGAUGAGUUUUGGCAACGUUACAUAGAAAUUGAGAUUGAUCCACCUAAUAGAAAUAAUGGACCAACACGAUAUCGAAUGACACCUCAUGCUCGAGAUAAUCUAAAUCGCAGGCCUACCAGCAGGCAAGAAGACGUGGAUGUGCAAAAUUUCAUGCGAGACUUUGCACGUACUUUCACAGAUGUAGAUGUAGGUCAAACGGUGACACAAGUUGGACAAUUACCUGUAUUCAAUAUUAGACUGUUCUUGGGAAAUCCUGGAGAUUAUGUUUGGGGUCAGGAUGGCUUAGAUGCGAUUGUUACACAAUUUUUAAACCAUGUGGAUGGAGCUGGACCGCCACCUUUACCAAGAAAACAAAUCGAUGAAAUACCAACAACAACUGUGGCUCAAGAUCAUGUUGAUAGAAAACUUCAAUGUUCCGUGUGUUGGGAAGAUUUUAAACUUUCUGAACCAGUUAAACAACUUCCUUGUCAACAUUUGUAUCAUGCACUAUGCAUUAUACCAUGGUUAGAAUUGCAUGGUACUUGCCCUAUUUGUAGAAAGGAUUUGGGAGAUCCGAAUUCAGCAGAAAUAAAUACGGAUACUGUAGGACGUAGUUUGGUCGCCCUAUUUAGGGCAGCUAAUGAAUCAAAUAAUUCCAGGACACCUACACCGUCGUCAAGUGGGAAUAACACGAGUAGUAACACAUCAGCAUCGAUUGGAAAUAACUCUGGUAGUAACACGUCCUCGUCGAGUGGAAAUAAUUCUGGUAGUAACUCAUCGAGUGAGAUUUCAGAUUGAUUAUGCUGUCUUGAUAUUUUCUCUACAUAGCAGGACACACAAGUAUACACACACAACACACGUCUAUUUUCCACUUUUUCAAAUUUAUUUUUCGGCACUGUUCACUCGAGCAAUGUUUAUAUAUACUUCGUAAAUAUUGUAU